AUGUGCAAGAGGAGCCCCGCCUUCCACAAGAAGUGGCAGAGGAGGUGGUUCGAACUGCGCGGCAACGUGCUCGUCUACUUCCGUGACGUCAAGGACAAGUCGGAGGCGUGUGGAUCGAUCAUGCUCAACAACCACUUCGAGGUGGUCGACGGCCAGGACAACGAGUUUGCGCUCAAGAUGAUGAAGAGGACCUACAUCCUCCAGGCCCCAACUGAAAAGGAGAAGACCGACUGGAUGAACAUCCUGCAGCGCGCCAAGCAGCUGCCCGAGCCUUGA